AUGGUCACUAGUGUCUUGUAUCCUCUGUUGUUUUGAGGCUAGUCUCACUCCAGUUGAAAAAAAAAAGUGCCAUGAACAUUCCGCUCCAGCAGUAGAUUCCAAUUACAAAAAAUUCAACAAUGGAGCAAGAGGGAUCACCGAGUACCUCCGGUACCGAUAAUGACGGCACAUCAAAAGUGAUGCCCGUGUCCCAGCCAGUACGUGCCAAGAGUUUGUUACGAGCAAACUUGGAGAAAUCACGCGGAGUAUUACAGAGCAGAAUGCCGAAUAUCAAGGUUUUCAGUGGUACAUCACACCCGGAUCUGGCCCAGAGGAUAGUGGACAGACUCGGCAUUGACACUGGAAAAGUUGUCACUAAGAAAUUCAGUAACCUAGAGACAUGUGUCGAGAUAGGCGAGUCAGUGAGGGGAGAAGAUGUCUACAUUGUACAGAGUGGAAGUGGAGAGGUGAAUGACAAUCUGAUGGAGCUACUCAUCAUGAUAAAUGCCUGUAAAAUAGCAUCGGCAUCGCGUGUCACAGCCGUCAUCCCUUGCUUCCCCUAUGCCAGGCAGGACAAGAAGGACAAGGACUUUGUGCCCGACCUGUCGACAAGUCGUGCACCAAUAUCAGCGAAACUUGUUGCUAAUAUGCUGUCAGUGGCUGGGGCUGAUCACAUUAUCACGAUGGAUCUUCACGCCAGUCAAAUUCAGGGAUUCUUUGAUAUUCCUGUUGAUAAUUUAUUCGCUGAACCAGCUGUUCUCAAGUGGAUCAAAGAGAAUAUUGCAGAGUGGCGAAAUAGUAUCAUUGUGUCACCUGACGCUGGCGGCGCCAAGAGAGUAACAUCGAUUGCUGAUCGUCUGAACGUUGAAUUCGCCCUCAUCCACAAGGAGAGGAAGAAGGCCAAUGAGGUAGCCAGCAUGGUGCUCGUUGGAGACGUCAAGGACAGAGUGGCAAUUCUCGUGGAUGAUAUGGCAGACACGUGUGGAACUAUUUGUCAUGCUGCUGAGAAAUUACUCGAGGCAGGAGCCACUAAAGUCUAUGCUAUUCUCACUCAUGGUAUCUUCAGUGGUCCAGCCAUCAGCAGAAUUAAUAAUGCAUGCUUUGAGGCUGUAGUUGUCACCAACACCAUUCCUCAGGAUGGACACAUGAAGGACUGUCCCAAGAUCCAGUGCAUCGACGUCUCGAUGAUGUUUGCUGAGGCAGUAAGAAGAACCCACAAUGGUGAAUCCGUAUCGUACCUGUUUUCAAACGUACCCUAUUGAGUUAACUCGUAUGAUCAACAACGUUAUGUAAGAAAACUCAAAUUGUAACCGUACGUUUAGCAGUUUUAUUGUUACACGCAUUUUAGGAUAAGAUUAAGAGAAUUGGCCGAGUGAGCAUGAAUAAAAAUUAAAUAAACAAAAGGAAUGAUUCACAACAUCAACAAGAAAGGGGAAAGAGCAGAUUCUAGGGAUCGUUUGAAAUCACGUGACGAUCAUCGAAAAAUCGCCACAGGACAUCAUCCAUUUUUUUCUCCUUGUUUCCAUUUACAUUACAUCGAUUCGGCGAUACGUUUCGAUAUUCAGGUCAUCCAAUAUAUAUUUUUUCGUAGGAAUAGGCUGUAGACUUUUGGAGAAUGAGGUUGAGACACGAAUACAGAAAGUCAAUGAUAAUUGCUACAAUUUCGAAUGAAGAGAAAUGAAACAAGAAUGAGACAAUAGUGUCCAUGAAAUUCUUCGGGUGUCUGCGAAUUAAAAUAAUCGCUUAAAAAAUAAAAAAUGAAACACAUGUGAUCAUAGCUUGGGAACUGUGUCCCAAAAAGCGAAUAGAUUCAUCAUUUAAGAUUGAUUUAAUUGAUGAACCGAUUUAUUCACAAUCACUUGCAUAGUUAACAUCAUUUCAUGUAUUUCCACAUCUUAUUUGGAAUAUUAACGAUGAAAUGAAUAGGGGGAACAACAUUUUUUUAUUUGACAAAAUUAAAAAUUAUCCUGGCUUUCAUAUUACUUGAAUGCCGACCGUAAUUUUAGGAAUGAUGAUGGACUUUUGCAGAACCAUUCACAUGUAUAAAAUUGACGGGCAAUCACUCAUGAAUAAAACCACAGUGUCCAUCAAAUUCUUCUGACGUCUAAGAGUUAAAAUAAUGACUUGAAAAAUAGAAAAAAUGAAACACAUGUGAUCAUAACUUGGGACACUGUCCCAAAAGUGAAUAGAUUCAUCUUUUGAUUGAUUUAAUUGAUAAACCGAUUUAUUUACAAUCACUUGUAUAGUUAACAUAUCUUUUCAUGUAUUUCCACAUCUUAUUUGGAAUGUCAACGAUAAAAUGAAUAGAGACAACAUUUUUUUAUAUGACAAAUGAAAAAAUUAUCCUGGAUUUGAUAUUAAUUGAAUGCAAAUCGUAACACUAGGAAUGAUGAUGGGGAAACAUAUUGCGUAAGGAUCUCUCCGAGAUGUCCACAAAUGAAGAGCGGGUCUCAGGCAAUUGGGUUGAUAAGACGACCAAGAAAGCGUAAUAAUUGUUUCCCUAUUAAUUUAUUACAUGGUAUAAAGUACAAAAAGCGAAUAUGCGUUGUGAAGUCUGAGAUUACAGUUGGUCACAAUACAAUCUUGAAAUAAAAUUGAAAGAAAAUUGA